UCAUUCAGAGGAAUCCGCCACCUGAAACGCGAGGAAGUGAAGGCGACUCAAUUCGGUAUAAAGCAUCAACCACAUCUGCCUCGAGCUUUGAAAACAUCAGUUCAGAGCUCUGGUAGACGUUCGCUGUAUUUUCUCGAGGAAUUAUUAUUGUUCACGUAGGAAGUGCCGUCUGUAAAAUACCCAUUCAAUUUGAAUGACCUAUCUAACAUUAUACUGGAAUUAAGUAAUAUUGACAGACCUUCUUGCGCACCUGUUACCUUAACGGAGCGCAAGACGAUGAUACCACCGGGAGACUGCAUGUAUGCGGGCAGGAAAAGAAGGAAGCCCGUUCAAAAACAGAAACCGGCCACGGUGAGUGAGAAGUCCAACCCGUCAAAGAGGCACCGGGACCGCCUGAAUGCGGAGCUGGACCGGCUGGCCAGCAUGCUGCCCUUUUCCCCAGACAUCAUCUCCAAGCUGGAUAAACUGUCUGUGCUGCGUCUCAGUGUCAGCUACCUCCGGGUCAAGAGCUUCUUCACAGUGACUCAUGAGAAGCCGUCCAACAGAAAACAUAUCAGUCCAUCCACCAACCCCCUCCCCGAGCCCAGAAAAGACAGCCUGCCUAUGGCUAUGGGCAACAGCAUAACAGAGAGUGGGCUCCUUCUGGAGUCCCUGACUGGCUUUGCGCUGGUGGUGAGCAGCGAUGGAAUGGUCUUCUAUGCCUCCUCCACCAUCGUCGACUACUUGGGCUUCCAUCAGACGGACGUGAUGCACCAGAACGUCUUUGAUUAUAUCCAUGUAGAUGACCGGCAGGAGUUCAGAAGACAACUCCACUGGGCCAUGAACCCCAGCCAGCACGGCUCAUCCCAGGACCACCAUUCAGCCACAGAAACUGGAGAAGACUUUGUGGUGAGCAGCCUGUUCCAUUCUCAGGAGGCGGGGGGAGUUGCUCCUGAGUUCUCUUCCUUCCUCAACCGCUGUUUCAUCUCCCGUGUACGCUGCCUGCUGGACAGCACCUCUGGCUUUUUGACCAUGCAGUUCCAGGGGCGGCUGAAGUUCCUCCAGGGACAGAAGAAGAAGUCGGGUUCGGGGGCCCUGCUACCCCCCCAGCUGGCCCUGUUCUGUGUGGCUGUGCCUCUUCUGCUGCCCUCCAUCACAGAGAUGAAGAUGAAGGGCAUGAUGAUGAGGGGCAAGCAGAAGAGCGGAGGGGGCAUCAUCCCUGCACUAGAUCACGGUGAGAGAGAGGAGCACUUCAGGAGGCACUCUGGCAGUGUGGCGAUGGUGGAUGGCGGGGACCCGCUGCUCCUCAACUGCACCAGCCCCGGGGGGUCCCAGCAGCGCCUCAAGUACAAGUCGGAGGGGGGCUACUACGGCCAGGACGAGCCCCUCAACUACUGCAAGACCUCUAUGGGCGGCGUCCCCCACCACAAAGGCCCAGGCCCGGACUCCCCGUGGCCCAUGCGGCCUGCCUCAGGGACCGUCCGGGCUGGGCAGAGUGGCGGCUACAUCCCCUCGAAUCGACUCGGGAAGGCGGGCCACUACGGUAAGCCCUACCGCAUGUCCCCCAGCAUGUGUCAUGGAGGAGGGCGAGGUGGUGAGGUCUACGUGCCCAAGAUGUACGGGAGCCUCCAGACCCCCGACGGCUCGGACCCCUACUGCUUGGGAGAGGCGGUGAAGAGCGAGAAUGGCUACGGCGAGUGCUACGAUGGCCGCCUGCUGCCUGAGAUGCCCAUCAAGGUGGAGCAGGACUCUGACUCGGAGAACGGCUGUGACGCCUAUGGCCGUCCGUGGACGUGCCGGGAGCCCGUGGACCGUCGCUACGGCAACGGCUACGGCGACAACAACAGCCUUCAGAUGAAGUCGGAGGCGGACUACUACGAGCAGUACUCGCCGUGCCAGCGGGGCAAGGCGGGUAUCAGCCCCAUCAGCCCACCCUACAACAACGGCCACUUCCAGAACUAUAAUAAUGUGGGGGGCGGCAGGCCCUUGAAGAGUGUGAUUAACAAGGACCUGUCCCAGUUCAGUCCCCAGAGGCUGUCCCACUCAGACCCCCUCUGUAGCAGCCAGAGCAUCAACUGCAUGGACGUGUAUGCAAGCGGCCCUGUGGAGCACAACAAGGGCUACAUGCAGCAGGACUACAAGCAGGGCUACGAGUUCAAAGGUCACGGACUGCUCCAUGCCAUAAAGCGGGAACCCAUGGACUCACCCCCGUGGUCGGAUGGCAGCAGCAACGACAUGAGUCACGCCAUGGGGCACUCUCAGAGGAACGUUAUGCCACACUGUGUGAUGAACGCUGGGCAGCACAAAGCCAACCCCUAUGUUUAUAUGCAAUAGACAUACAUCCAUCCCACACUUCCUCAUUCACCAGCAUAAUACAUUGGCAGAAGACAUUCAGGAUAUGGCUCAGGUUUAAAGUCUAAGUGUUGAGACAAUCAAAGAAAGGUAUGGGGGGGAUCCUGCCCCUGGAUUUUGUUUUGAUGAAUGGAAGAAAUUGUAGUUAUUAUCCGAAGCACUUUUGAUGUAGUGAUGCAAAUGUUCUAGUCACAUUUCUGUUUGUGUUUUGUGUUGUCUCCACCUGACUUCUCUGGUAGGCUGUUUAAAAAUGUGAUGGUAAACUGUAUAAAAUGUACACAUUCGUGAUGGGUGAUACAAUUUGCAAUUAUGUAAAUAUUUGUCCUCAAGAAAUUAUUUCCUGUCUAGAAGGUUUACCCAAAGAGGGUUGUGCAUGCUCUUUUUAGUCAGGUUUUGUAAAUCAAUUGAAGGAUCAUUUGAAUAUGGUACGCAUCAGUCUGAAUACACUAUAUAUACACAAAAGUAUGUGGACACCCCUUCGAAUUUGUGGAUUCGGCUAUUUCAGCCACACCCGUUGCUGACAGGUGUAUAAAAUCGAGCACACAGCCAUGUAAUCUCCAUAGACAAACGUUGGCAGUAGAAUGGCCGUACUGAAGGGCUCCGUGACUUUCAAUGUUGCACCGUCAUAGGGUGCCACCUUUCUAACAAGUCAAUUUCUGCCCUGCUAGAGAAACUUCAUAACAACAGCACUUACAGUUGAUCAGAGCAGCUCUAGCAGGGCAGAAAUUUGACGAGGAAGAGAAGUAGGGAGAUAAUGGUCAUAUAUUAGAUCUCAAAUCAAACCAUUUUUGCAGCCCCAACUGUUUUAGGUCAGAGUUGUAAUGAUCUGAUUACUUCUACAGAUUAUCCCUCCUGUUCAUUACAGUACAAAUAAUUGUGUUUAUUUUAUUUAUGUUCAUUCAACCUUCAUUUCGACAGGGAGUCUAGCGAAAUGUUAAGCCACACAAGCUCACAGAACGGGACCACCAGGUGCUGAAGUGGGUAGAGCAUAAAAAUUGUCUGUCCUCGGUUGCAACACUCACUACCGAGUUCCAAACUGCCUCUGGAAGCAACGUCAGCACAAGAACUGUUCAUGGCCGAGCAGCUGCACACAAGCCUAAGAUCACCAUGUGCAAUGCCAAGUGUUAGCUGGAGUGGUGUAAAGCUCGCCGCCAUUGGACUCUGGAGCAGUGGAAAUGCCUUAUCUGGAGUUUUGAAUCACGCUUUACCAUCUAGCAGUCCGGAGGACGAAUCUGUGUUUGGCAGAUGCCAGGAUAACGCUACCUGCCCCAAUGCAUAGUUCCAACUGUAAUGUUUGGUGGAGGAGGAAGAAUGGUCUGUGGCUGUUUUUCAUGGUUUGGGCUAGUCCCCUUACGC